AUGGCUAUCUCAUUUGGGCUUAAUUCUUCCAAACCACUUCCUUCAAAGAAAUGUGUAACUUACAGAUCAUUGAAAUCUAUAAAUAUUACUAGUUUUAUGAAAGACCUGGGUGAAUCAAAACUAUGCCUGGAUGCUCCUACACAACUUGAUUCCUUGGUAAGCUGCUAUAAUAAUACAUUAUCUUCUGUUCUGGAUCGCCACGCUCCGCUGAAGAGGAGAAUUGUUACCUCUAGGGCUAUGGUGCCAUGGUAUGACGAGGAAAUCAAACUUGCAAAGAAGGAAAGAAGGAAAGCGGAGCGGAAAUGGCGGACUACAAAAACGACGGCAGAUUUUAAUAAAUUUAAAUCAUUGAAAAACCAUUGUACUCAAUUAAUGAGGAAAGCAAAAUGCUCCUUUUUCUCUGAUUUUGUCAAAGAAAACAGCAAUAACCAAGGGACUCUAUUCAAAGCUAUCAAAGGAAUGCUGGUUGAAAAAAAUGCAAUAAGUUUCCCCGGACGUAAUGAAACAGCUCUCGUUAACGAACUUGGCAAAUAUUUUGUUCAGAAAAUCUCUAAUAUCCACUCUGAGAUAAACAACGAGAUUUCUUCAAAUAAUGAUGGUCACGUAGAUCCUCCAAGUGAUGACAAUGAGGAGUAUCCGGGUGAUGUGUCGCAUUUUGAUGCGUUCGAGCCCUUGUCUGAGGAUGAUGUUAGAAAGCUUGUUGUGGACUCGCACAAAAAAUCAUGUUACCUUGAUCCAGUGCCAACAGAUUUCUUGGUGAAAUGUCUGGAUGUGUUACUUCCUGUGAUUACAAAAAUAAUCAAUAUCUCACUUGAAACUGGGCACUUUCCUAGAGACUGGAAGGAAGCUAUCAUUCUUCCCAUAUUAAAAAAGUCUGGGCUGGAGUCCGCUUUUGAAAAUCUUCGUCCCAUCAGUAAUUUAGCAUAUAUUUCAAAGCUUAUUGAACGAGCAGUAUAUAAUCAAACGCACGAUCAUAUCCUUCGAUGUGGCUUUUAUCCAGUUUUGCAAUCUGCUUACCGGCGGUAUCACUCCACAGAGACUGCGUUACUCAAAGUACUCAAUGACAUUUUGUUGAGCAUGAACAGUCAACGUGUCACUCUCUUGGUUCUUCUGGACCUAAGUUUCGCUUUUGACACAAUUGAUCAUGGAAUUUUGCUGGAACGGUUAAGGUCAAAAUUUGGAAUACGUGGAACAGUUCUCAGUUGGUUUUCUUCCUAUUUGUCUGGUCGAAGUCAACGUGUUAUGCUAAAUGGUACCCUUUCUGAUUCAUCUGAUUUGAACUUUGGUGUCCCGAAGGGUUCGUGUUUGGGGCCUCUUCUUUUUAUAUUAUAUGCCUCCAAACUGUUCGAUAUUAUUAACAAUCACUCGCCGGAUUUACAUGGUUUUGCUGAUGACACUCAGUUGUAUGUGUCCUUCAAACCUGACUACCCAUGCGAUCAAUGUGAAGCGAUCUCGGUAAUGGAAAGCUGUCUCAACGAUCUUCGGAAGUGGAUGAUUCAAGAUAAAUUGAAACUAAAUGACGGUAAAACUGAACUGUUAAUAAUUGGAUCUAAGCAGCAACUGCAGAAACUUAACCCAUGCCAUGUACGUGUCGGGAAUGCUGAUGUCCUUCCUGUACCAAUAGCUCGUGAUCUAGGAGUUUGGCUUGAUUCAAAUUUAUCAAUGUCAUGUCAUAUAACAAAGACAUGUGGAGCCGCAUUCUAUUGGCUUCACAACAUCAAACGCAUCAGCAAGUUUUUAUCUCGGGAAAAUCUGUUGACUGUUAUACACGCCUUUGUUACAAGUCGACUAGUUUAUUGUAAUGGUCUCCUGUAUGGUUUACCAAAUACUGGACUGAUUAAGUUGCAGAGGGUUCAAAACGCCGCUGCAAGAUUAGUGACUUCAACACGAAAAUACUAUCACAUUACACCUAUAUUACGUGAACUACACUGGUUACCUGUGAAGUUCAGGAUCCAUUUUAAACUGCUAUUGCUUACUUUUAAGCUUUACAUGGAAUGGCUCCAAAGUACAUAGUAGAUCUACUCGUUGUUAAAGUGGAAGGAAACUACCUUUUACGCUUUAAUGAUAGCAUAAUGCUAGAGUUCCCUAAUGGUAAAUUUUUACGGUCAUUUGGCGACAGAUCUUUCACUGUGGCAGCUCCGAAACUUUGGAAUGAACUUCCGAAAGAAAUUCGUGACAUUUCGUCAAUAAGCGUAUUUAAAACUUGUCUUAAGACUCAUCUUUUUAAACUAGCUUUUAGUAUUUAGUUUAUAUUAAAGUUAACAUUUCAACAUUUUAAUACGCUUUUAACAUUAGUUAUAUUGUAAUACAGCGCUUUUGAUCAUUACAUGUAAAAAGCGCUUUAUAAAUUAUUAAAUUAUUAUUAUUAGAGGAUUUAUUAAAUAAUUUGCAUCUCUAUCUUUGGACUAGAGUUUUUCACCUCUGCCGAAUUAAAUGUCUGGUGUCGACAUCUUGUUGCAAAAUCUAUGAUUUAGCUGCAUUUGGAGACUUCAUUGAAAAGGUAUAUCAUUAUUAAAUUCAUAUUAAUCUGACACUGCAGAGAACAAGGAAAAACUAAUUCUCUCGAGCGGGAUUUAGCUCGCAUCUUCGAGUUUCUAGAUCCCUCUUUACCAAUUUAGCUAUCGUGUCAAUGGGCAUUGCUAGUAAGCAUUAUCUAAUUUAAAUAAAUGCAUGAAAUAUUUUCGGAUGAAAACGAAUGCCGCUCAUUCAUAGGGGGAAAUAAGAGGACAGUUGGUCAAGGUUAAUACCAAGAAAGAUUCUCCUGAGGAACAGACAGUGUACAAGAAACUGGAAGUUUUGAUUGUCCACCUGGACAACUUGGAAAAUGAUCAACAAAAGCAAGUGGAAGCACUCUAG